CUCUAGACGGACAUAUUUACAUGCUGGACUCGAGUGCGUGCUCUGCAGUUGCAUGUUUUCACAUUUUCCCAGGGCUGAUGCUGGCGAGUGCCCCCACGCGCGACUUCAGGUAUCCCAGUCGCCAGUGGAAACAGAUGACGGCGGCAUGAGGAAAAGCAAACUGGACGUUACAGACCACGAAGACACACAGAACGGCUAACGUCGCGAGGAACGCGAGGCUGUGAGGAGGGAACCGGACAUCGCGUUAGAGGUGUGACUGUGGUUUGUGGCGUUGACUCUGGUGACAAACUUGUUAGUGGCCCCCUAACAUGUUUUGGCCAUAGACUGUAUAGUUUUGGCAGACGCUGCAUGCUGUUGAGGGUGGGGUGUGUGUGUGUGAAAGAUCCUAGGUUUCUCCGGCGGGCGUUCUCCUGUGGCGGCGUUGUCGUCAUGGCGAAGAGUAAGUUCGAGUAUGUGCGGAGUUUCGAGACUGAUGACACGUGCCUCAAAAACUGCUACAUUGUAGUGAGACUGGAUGGACGCAAUUUCCACAAGUUCUGUGAUCAGCAUGCGUUUGUGAAGCCCAAUGACGAACGCGCGCUGGCGCUGAUGCGGAGGAGUGCGGAGUGUGUGAUGGAGCAGCUGGAGGAUGUGUGUGUGGCGUACGGCCAGAGUGACGAGUUCAGUUUCGUCUUCAAACGCUCAACACACUGGUUCAAAAGAAGAGCCAGUAAGCUCAUGACCCAUGUGGCCUCCCAGUUCUCCUCCAGCUUUGUUUUCUACUGGGGUGAUUAUUUUACCCAUCAGCCCCUGCUCUACCCUCCCAGCUUUGAUGGACGAGUGGUGCUGUAUCCUAGCAACCGUAACCUGAGAGACUACCUGAGCUGGCGACAGGCUGACUGCCAUAUUAAUAACCUGUAUAACACAGUGUUUUGGAGCCUGGUGCAGAAAGGAGGCCUGAGCACAUCACAAGCUGAAGAGCGACUCAAGGGUACAGUGGCUGCAGAUAAAAAUGAGAUUCUGUUCUCUGAAUUUAACAUCAACUACAAUAAAGAGCCCCUGCUCUACCGCAAAGGCACCACUCUCAUCUGGGACACGACAGAAGAGGUCACCACCAAGAAGGUGAAAGCAGCCAAUCAGAAUGAGUCAGAAGUCCAUGUGACCCGCACCAGAAAGAAGGUCACUGCCCACCAUUGUGACAUCAUUGGAGAACAGUUCUGGGCUGAGCAUCCAGAUAUUCUGGAGUCGGACUGAGCAGCUCCAUCAGGAGCGCAUACACACACACACACACUGGACUGUUGAGUCGAGUCUCAUGCCAAUAGCCUACCACCUUGUGACUGAAGUUCAUCUACAUUUUCAUGUUUGUUGUAAUAAACCGAUUGUCUUAAGUGUG